GUUACCGGAGCCUGUAGUACCCAUGUCGCGCAAGCCCAAUAUUUGUGGAUAAAUAGUAUUUGAAAAUCAAAACAGUGGAAAUGGCUUACCAGUGCCCAGUGCAAAUAGUGAAUGCUUUAUGUUAGUUUGCGCAUUGCUGUGAUGCUCUUUCCGAUAAAUGGUAGACCUGAAGAUCCACGAAUUUAUACAGCUUCAUACUACUUAUUCACUCUUAUUACUUACUAGGGAUAUAAAAUAUGAAUAAGCUUUUUUCCAAACAUCACAUGG